AUGGGUAAGAGAAGAUUUAACGAAAAAGGGCGCCGUCAGGUGGAAACCAUUGUUGAUGAUUCGGAAACUAAAAAGAUCAAAUUAGAUUUCGGUCCGCCCGACGAGGCGUAUGGCAAUGGUGAUCAGGCAAAUGCACUGGUGCUGCCAUCGAAAAAACGUUCCACCAAAGUAAAGAAGGACACAACGGUGGUGACCAGAAUUCUGUCGAAGAAGCAACGCAAAAGGCUGGAGAAGAUUGUGGAUCAGAAGAAGAAGAAGGAAAACCGAUCAUCACUGAUCGCGUCACUGGUGGCAGUGCAGGCUUCGAAGGAAGAACUGAGCGGUUAUCGAAAGUUAAGCGACAUCCAGACGAAGGGUUUGAAGCAGCACUUCAAGGAACAGAAACAUGGGGUAACGGUCGUGGAGAAGCCCCGAGCCCGACUUGGGGAUGAAUGUGGCGCGGCGAAGAUCCGCAGCUUGGUCGGUAGUCGGCGGAAACGGUUGGCUUUGUUGCGCCAGCAGGAGCCAUCUGCCGAAGGUGACGAAGAGAUGGACCAGCCAGACCGUAAUCCUAACAUUGUAGGACUGGAUGAGACAUCUUCUUCCGGUGAGUCGGAUGAGUUGGAAGAUGCGCAUGAUUCUUCGUUCGGUUCACAUACAGAAUUUGCUAAUGUGAAAGAGGUUGCAAAUAAUGAUCUGAAUGAAGGGUCCAAAAUUGAAGAUGAUGACACAGGCGACUCGAAGGAACUAAUUCCGCCAGCGGAGUCAUGCGGCAGCAAGCCGAAAGCUCCAACGGAUUCGCCAACCGGUAAUCGAUCUAAUGUCGUAGUUCAAAAGGAUCGUAAAGCGGCGACGUACGUUCACGUUGAACGCAAGUCGGACAUUCAAGCAGCACGUCUAAAGUUACCGAUUUUGGCAGAGGAGCAAGUGAUAAUGGAAACGAUCAGCGAGAACCAAAUCACCAUCUUGGCCGGUGAAACGGGUAGCGGUAAAACGACGCAGAUCCCGCAGUUCCUCUACGAGGCGGGCUACGGCGAGCGGGGCCUUAUCGGUAUCACGGAGCCGCGGCGCGUUGCAGCCAUUUCAAUGUCCAAACGUGUGGCCCACGAAAUGAACCUCUCGACGGAGAUCGUGUCCUAUCUGAUCCGCUACGAAGGUAAUGUGACCGAGCGCACAAAGAUCAAGUUUAUGACCGACGGUGUGCUGUUGAAGGAGAUCGAGGCAGACUUUCUGCUCAGCAAGUACUCGUGCAUCAUACUGGACGAGGCGCACGAACGCAGCGUCUACACCGACAUUCUGAUGGGCCUGCUGUCGCGCAUCGUGCGGUUGCGCGCCAAACGGGCCACCAGUCCGCUGCGACUGAUCAUCAUGUCAGCCACGCUGCGGGUGACUGAUUUUACGGAAAACAAAAAACUGUUUCUGGACAUCCCACCGGUCAUUAGCAUCGAUUCGCGCCAAUACCCCGUCACGGUGCACUUUAGCAAAACGACCCCGGCCGACUACUUGCGGGAAGCGUUCGUGAAGACAGUCAAGAUUCACACCCGGCUGCCGGAGGGAGGAAUAUUGAUUUUUCUCACCGGCCAGAAGGAGGUAAACACGAUGGUUCGCAAACUGCGUAAAUUGUUCCCCGCAACACAGUCGGCUUCUGGUAGCGAUCAAAUCCCCGGUGAAGAUGAAACUCACGAUAGAGACGAAGACGAUGAGUUCGAUAGCAUUUUGCGGGGAAAGCGUGCACGUAAGAAGCACGCCUCGAAAGGAUCUCGUAAGCGGAAAUCGUCGGUCAGUAUUCCACGACUUCCCCAGAUCGAUUUGGAUGCUUACGAACUUCCUCACGAAGACGACACGGAGGGUGAUUUGCGUGAGGACGACGCUGCCACCGACAGUGAGCUUGAGGAGGACGAAGGGGACGACGAGCUGUUGGGUGGCGUUGGAAACGAAGGUCUCGGAAUCUCGGAACUGAAACGUAACCAACCGCUCUGGGUGCUGCCACUCUACUCGAUGUUGCCCCCCGAUAAGCAGCAGCGAAUUUUUCAGGCACCACCGGAAGGGGCUCGGCUGUGCGUAGUUGCCACGAAUGUGGCCGAAACGUCGCUCACGAUUCCGGAUAUUAAGUACGUUGUGGACAGCGGCCGGCAGAAAACGAAGCUGUAUGAUAAAGUAACGGGCGUGACGGCGUUUGUAGUGACGUUCACCAGCAAAGCGUCGGCAAAUCAACGCGCUGGACGUGCUGGCCGUGUUGCACCUGGACACUGCUACCGACUGUACUCGAGCGCGGUCUUCAACGAUGAGUUUGUGGACUUUGCCCCGCCCGAGGUGCAGCAGAAACCGGUUGAUGGGCUGGUGCUACAGAUGAAAUGUAUGGGAAUCGAUAAAGUGGUAAACUUUCCAUUCCCAUCGCCUCCGGACCGGGAGCAACUAGUGGGGGCCGAGCAGCGCUUGUUGCAGCUCGAAGCGCUCGAGGAAGUCGUGACACGGACGACCAGCAAGGGAUCUAGCCACACGCAAGUCUUAACGCGCGUCACGGAGCUGGGUCGUACGAUGGCCGCCUUUCCGGUGGCGCCACGAUUCGGGAAAAUAUUAGCGCUCAGCCACCAACACGCCCUCCUACCGUACGCGAUCUGUCUUGUGGCGGCCCUAUCCGUACAGGAAGUGCUGGAGGAGAUUUCGCUCACGGAAGACGACGCUUCGGAGGGUGCCAAACGGUGGCGCCAGAAGCGUAAGGCGUGGGCCGGCACAGGUGAAUCGUUGCUGCUGGGUGAUCCAAUGAUUUUGCUGAAAUCAGUGGGUGCGGCCGAACACGCCAACCGUAACGGCACACUGAACUCGUUCUGCACCGCUAACGGCAUACGAUUGAAGGCGAUCCGGGAAAUUCGCAAGCUGCGUGUUCAGCUAACGAACGAGGUUAACGCCAAUCUGCGUGACAUGAACCUAACGGUGGAUCCGGACAUGACACCACCGAGCGUGACACAAACACGACUUCUCCGUCAGCUGCUCUUGAUCGGUAUGGCCGACCGGAUCGCCCGGAAGCUGCCAGAAAGUGAGGUGAAAUUGAAAGCGGAUGCCCGCCGUUUGCGCCACGCGUACAACCUGCCCUUGAUCGACGAGCCCGUAUUCCUGCACGGCAGUUCCGUGCUACGAAAGGAGCUUCCUGAGUGGGUUUGCUUCCAGGAAGCGUACGAAGCAACGAUACCGGGCGAAGGUGGCCUUGGUGGAGAAUCGAAAACGUUCAUUCGUGGCAUAACGGCCAUCGAGCCCGAAUGGUUGCCAAAGUUCGUACCGAACGUGUGCAACAUUAUGGACGUGCAGGAGGAACCGAAUCCGCCGACGUACAACGCUACUAGCGAUACGAUCGAAUGCCACGUGCGGGCAACGAUCGGCAAAAGCAGCUGGCAAUUGCCGCCAUCGCUGGUCGAGAUGCCUCGAAAUAUGCUACGUUGCAAAUAUUUGUUGAAAUUCUUGCUGGCCGGUGUGAUCUUCCAGCAGCUAAAGCCUCUUCGAAAAUCGCUGCUUUCGUCUCCCGAUUCGGUGCUGAAGCAAUAUUCGUCCGCCGUGCCACGGAUCGACGCCGCUCUCAAGGUGCUGCUGGCGAACGAAGUUUACAAUGCUACCCGAUUGCGCGACCUGUGGAACCAAGACCCAAAGUUUUUUCUCCAGGAGUACCGUGAGUUUCUUCCCAUUGCGUGUCACGAUGACGUUGCCAAGUGGUGGCCACCAAAAAAGUGAUCUGUUUGGAACCAAUGUUUCGUACAGUGCUUCGUUGUCAAUAAAUCGAUAGAUCGAUUGUUUCUAAGCGUAGACUUGUAUUGGUAUGUCCAUUUUGUAUAUACCAAAGGAGUUACUGAUGAGCUGGACUAUUAUGUUAAAUA